AACUACUUCUAAAAAAAUUCAAAUAAAUCUCAACAACAAAAAAUGCAUUCUCUUUGUUGUGACACAGACGUGGCUGAUCGGAAUACUAAUAAUGUACCAUUAGCUAAGUUCCUAGACAUGCAACCACCACCAUCACGCGCCACACGCGCCAACGUGGAAGCAGAAUAUUCUGGUGAUGAAUUAUUUCAUUCGGCACGUAUGAAUGAUCUUAAUAAUGCAGGCAAUAAUGGUAUUUCAGGAAUAUUAUAUAAAUGGGUGAAUUAUGGUAGAGGAUGGAGACCAAGAUGGUUUGUAUUACAUGAUGGUGUUCUUUCGUAUUAUAAAAUACAUGGAAGGCAUAAAAUUGUUACAAACUUGGAGACAGAAAAAGGGUCGAUGAUCGUUGGUGAAAAGUCGUUUCGAAGGAUUAAUACUUCUCCGAUGACAUCUUCUAAAUCGCGACGAAAACCUUUUGGAGAAAUCCAUCUCAAGGUCUCGUCAGUAAGGGAAAGUCGAUCAGAUGACCGGAGGUUUUCUAUAAAUACUGGGACAAAGAGGUUGCAUUUGAGGGCAGAAUCAAGGGAGGAUCGAAAUACUUGGUUGGAGGCAUUGACGGCUGCAAAAAGGUUGUUUCCAACAAGUGAUCCUGUUCUUGAUGUCCAAAUGAAUGAGAAUGUGUCUGUGUCAACUGAAAAGUUGAGGCAGAGACUCUUGGAGGAUGGUGUAAGUGAAGCCGUGAUUAGGGAUAGUGAGCAGAUUAUGAGAAAUGAAUUUGUAGCAUUGCAUAGUCAUCUCCAGCAGGUAAAGCGGAAGCAGAUGUUGCUGCUUGAUAAAUUGGGACAGUUGGAGACAGAAAAAGUUGACCUUGAGAACACUCUCAUUGAUGAGGGUCACAGACAGGCAAAAGAUCGCCAAACUUAUUCUGAAGCAUCCCUGGAUAAAUUCAGAGUAUUUCUUGGAGGAAGUGCAAGUGGAUCUGACAACGAAGAGGACGAAAGUGAUGAUGAAGUAGAUGCUGAUAACUUGUUUUUUGAUGCUAAUGAAUUUCUUUCUUCGAGUUCCACAAGAAGCACCGACUCUGAUGAUGAAAGAUCAUCGUUUGAUUCCGCGAAAGAGUUUCAUCCUUCUGAAGAUGGUCUUAGUUCUGGUACGAGAUUUACUACAUCUGACUAUCCGUAUGUGAAGCGAAGGAAGAAAUUGCCAGAACCGCUUGAGAAGGAAAAGGGAGUAGGCCUUUGGUCAAUGAUCAAAGAUAACAUCGGCAAGGAUCUAACUAAAGUUUGUUUACCAGUGUUCUUCAAUGAGCCACUCUCUUCUUUGCAGAGAUGUUUUGAAGAUUUUGAAUACUCUUACCUUCUUGACCAAGCAUAUGAAUGGGGGAAAACGGGAAAUAGCAUUAUGAGGAUUCUUAGCGUUGCAGCAUUUGCUGCAUCAGGAUAUGCUUCAACUGAUGGAAGAAUUUACAAGCCAUUUAAUCCAUUACUAGGCGAGACAUAUGAAGCCGAUUACCCAGACAAGGGAUUGCGUUUCAUCUCAGAGAAGGUUAGUCAUCACCCCAUGAUUCUUGCAUGCCACUGUGAGGGUCGAGGUUGGAAAUUUUGGGGCGACACGAAUUUAAAAAGUAAAUUCUGGGGUCGAUCAAUUCAACUUGAUCCUGUUGGUGCCCUUACCUUGGAAUUCGAUGAUGGAGAAGUUUUUCAGUGGAGCAAGGUUACAACUUCCAUCUACAACAUCAUUAUAGGAAAACUCUAUUGUGACCACUAUGGUACGAUGCAUAUCCGAGGGAAUCGAGAGUACUCCUGCAAGCUAAAAUUUAAGGAGCAAUCUAUUGUGGAAAGAAAUCCUCACCAGGUACAUGGAGUCAUACAUGACAAGAGUGGAAAAAGAGUGGCAACAAUCAGUGGAAAAUGGGAUGAGAGUUUGCAUUACUCUAUGGGGGAUAGUCUAUCAGAAUAUGUCGAACAAGAUUCUGAUUCAAAGUCACAUUUACUUUGGAAGCGAAGCAAACCAUCAAAUUUCCAAACAAAGUACAACUUAACGCGUUUUGCUAUCACCCUGAAUGAGCUCUCUCCUGAGCUUAAGCAAAAGUUGCCACCAACAGAUUCAAGGCUUAGACCUGAUCAAAGGUUUCUUGAAAAUGGAGAAUAUGAAAUGGCUGAUUCAGAAAAAUUGCGGUUAGAACAGAGACAACGCGAGGCAUCAAAAAUGCAAGAAAGAGGCUGGCAACCAAGGUGGUUUGCAAAACCAAAAGGUAGUGAUACAUAUCAAUAUAAAGGAGGAUAUUGGGAAGCUAGACAAACUGGUAAAUGGGAAUCAUGUCCCCAUAUUUUUGGUGAAAUAUCUCAACAGAUUUGACCCCCAAUUUAUUUCUACUAUUUUCAUUGUUCUUGGUCCUUAUUUUCAUUGUUUUAUACAAGCAAAAUGAAAUUGGAACUGGUACAUGAAAACUAAAACCACAAAAAUUAGAUUGAUUAAAAGAUUGGUAUUGAAAGAGGAAGAAGAAAAAAAGCUUAUUUUCACUUCCCUUGGGUCCUAAAUCCAUUGAAAUAUUGUAUUUAAGCAGAAUAACAUAUACGAUGCCUUCAUGGCUGUUGCAUUUUUGAUUUUGUAACUGAUUGUUUUUUUUUUUUAUGGAAUACAAGAGUGUAUAUAAAUUUGUAAGACCUUUUGUUAAUAGUCAACUUAAAUGUUUGGUGUAUGAAUUUUGA